UAACAUGAGGCAGGCAUCUCGACGCGGAACAUCAAGCUCUGGAAGAGGUGGAACAAGACGAGGUCAAAACAUGGUUCAAGACCCAGAUGGUCAAAGCAAAGAAGUUUCAGCCUCUCGCGGUACUGAAUCAGAAGCUCAAAGGCCUCGACGUCUUCGAAUCGAAUACGAACCCUACACCUCCAUCUCAAUCAAGUCAUACGUCAAGCCACACUCCCACACCGGAUCCAGUUAUACCCCCUGAUCCGGAAGAAUUCAUCACCAAAUCGCACUGGCAGAGACCGGGCUACGAUGAUUCCUGUUCAGAACCCAGUUGUGAAAAGAGACUGGGCAACAUGAAUGGCAGGGUCAACUGCCGGAAGUGCGGUCUAUUGUACUGCGAAGAGCACACAAUGUUUCAGAUACGGCUUAGCAGAUCAGCACAGCAUGAGCCCGUACGAGGAGUGUGGUGUCGUUGUUGCGAAACUUGCUAUGUUUCUCGCGAGGGCUACAAUGAUCACCAUGGCCUCGAAAGAGACCACACCGAUGUCUUUAGGAGGAUUAGACAGCGAAACAUCAAUCGAUCAACAUUGGAGACUAGUCGACUUGAAAAGCGCUUGACGAAGUUGACUCAAUUACUCGCUAAUCCUCCCUCGCCGGAACAUCUAACUCCGGCAAAUAACAGAUGGUCAUUGGGGUCUUUGGCAGCCUUGACAAAUGCGAAAGCACAGCAGAAGCGUGCUCUAGAGCAGUCCAUCAUCGAAUGGCAGGAUGAUUCAACCGUGUCAAGGUGUCCAUAUUGUCAGCAAGAGUUCACCAAUUAUACCUUCAGGCGCCACCAUUGCAGACUUUGUGGCAAGGUUGUUUGCGGAGAUGCUCAAACGGCCUGUUCGUCUGAAAUAGGUCUAAACAUCCAUGCGUCCAAUGCAGCAUCAGAGAAGCCGGGUGUUCCAGUCGGCGUUGAUGUGCGGAUGUGUCAAGAUUGCAAACAUACACUUUUCAGCAGAAGCGACUACGCACGAGACCUUACCAAGAAGCCUGCAGAUCAACGCGCUUUUGAGAAUCUCCAGCAGUUCGAGAGAGGCAUUCGACUCCUUCUGCCCCGAUUUCAGAAACUAUUACUCAUGCUCCAAGACAAUUCUAAGCAGCCCACUCUUGAUCAGCUUCAAGAAGCUGCCAAGGUACGGAAAAGGCUGACUCUAGCGUUUACACAAUACGACACUGCCGCAAAACGUAUACGAGAUCUUCCCAGCAAUUCCUCGACGCAACAACGUCUCCAGAGAGCUGUAUAUCAGCAAGCAUACAACUUCCUUAGCCUUCAUAUGUUGUCGCUCAAAUCGUUGCCCAAACUUCUGAAGAAUAAUCAUACCCAAAGCAUAGACAAUCGGUCACUCAACAGACCUCCUAACGGUGCCUUAGCAGCGAUAAUGUUCAAUGAGACUGAAUCAAGCAGCGUCAUUAGUGGAAGCAGUGUGUCCGCAAUGGAAGCAGAGGAGAAAGAUCUUCGAGAGCGGCUGAUUGUUCUCGAGGAGCAGAAGUUCUUUGUACAGGAAAUGCUUGCUGAUGUUAAGAAGCAUCGUCGAUUUGACGAGGCUGCUGCUCUUGGACAGAAUAUUGAGGAUCUCAACCGAGAAAUUGCCCAAAUAACCAGCCAGAUCUCGUCUAUGGAUUUUGCGUCAGCUUAUCAGGGUGGUAUUGCCUCACCCCCGGGCUGAAACUUGGCAAAGAUACAAGCACGGAUAUCUCAUUUGAGUUCUAGAAUUUAUUUGGACCUUGUCUUGAAUGGCAAUACCGGUGGCAAUCAAUCCUGAUUCCAUGUCUGAAGACACUACCUCUGAUCGGAUUAUGGUAGCAUGCUGCGGAGAGAACUUCAAGAAGCUAUACUUGGUACGCUGCGUAACGACUUCUCCACGGCAAGGAACCUGGUAUUUUCGAGAUCAAACUAGCUCGUCGAUCA